AUGAUGCGAUUUGUUCCUUUGUUCCUAGUGUGCAUCUUGUUCCCUGCCAUUCAGGCCACGCAUCUUACAAAAUGUGAGGUGUACCGGGCUGUGGAAGACAUGGACGGCUACGAAGGCAUCUCUGCUCUUGAAUGGACCUGCGUUAUAUUUCACAGCAGCGGUUAUGACACACAAGCAAAGGUCAACAACAAGGGCGGCACAGAGUACGGACUCUUUCAGAUCAGCAACAAACAUUGGUGCAAGAGUAGCGAGGUCCCCGAGUCUGAGAACAUCUGUGACAUUCCCUGUGACAACUUACUGGAUGAUGACCUUACCGAUGACAAAAUGUGUGCUAAGAAGAUUCUGGCCAUCAAAGGAAUUGACUACUGGUUGGCUCACAAGCCUAUGUGCUCUGAGAAGCUGGAACAGUGGAGCUGCAAGAAGCUGUGA